CUUAAAUCCAACCAAUCAGCGCCGUCAAAAACGCCAUACUCCACCUGAAAAUUUCUUAUCGUCAUAUGACCCAUUCUUGCUGGUGGCAGUGUGUAGGCCAUAUUUGUCAGUGGGUUCGCUGGUUUCGUAGAGUGUUGUGCACUUUUUAGUCUGUUCUGACCUGUAAAUACUCCUUUUUAAUAGCCAAAAUGUCGAGAAGCGAUGAAAACCCAAUCUACGGACCCUUCUUUGGAGUUAUGGGUGCCGCAUCCGCAAUUAUUUUCAGUUCCCUUGGAGCUGCCUAUGGCACAGCAAAAUCCGGUACCGGUAUUGCCGCCAUGUCGGUAAUGAGGCCGGAACUCAUCAUGAAAUCCAUCAUUCCAGUUGUCAUGGCUGGUAUUAUUGCCAUUUACGGUCUUGUCAUUGCCGUCUUGAUUGCUGGUGGACUUAAGGAACCAGCAGAAUACCCUCUAUUCAAGGGAUUCGUACAUUUAGGAGCAGGUUUGGCUGUAGGCUUUUCUGGACUGGCUGCAGGUUUCGCUAUUGGUAUUGUGGGAGACGCGGGUGUAAGAGGUACAGCACAGCAGCCUAGGCUCUUCGUGGGAAUGAUUCUUAUCCUCAUUUUCGCCGAAGUAUUAGGUCUUUACGGGCUUAUCGUAGCUAUCUACCUCUACACAAAAUAAAUUAGUUAUGGUUUAAAAAUUCAUCCCUCAUCCUACACACCCCAUCCUUAUUUCCGUUUGUUAAGAAGCGGAACACAGCCCUUUUAUCAUUUUGUUUUUAAUAUUUAAAUGUAAAAACUGAUUGUAAAAAAGCGUAUACCACACCAAAAGUGACUGAUGUCAGAAAAAUGUGUAAAUAUUAAUUAUGAUGGAACUUGUAUUUAAUUAUAAUACAUGAUCUAUCAUUGUAAAUAAUUUUAGCAGGUUUUAAAAUAUGCCGUCAUUUUUGUGGGGUGUUCUUAAUAAAUUACUUGUAUAGUUCUUAGUAUAAUAGUUUACUUUAUUUCAUAUAUUUAAUUAAGACUCUAUUGAGCCCAAGUAUUUAAUAAAGUUACAAAAGUAGCACAAUUAUUUUUAAUUUCUCAGUUUGUCAAAACUAUUUUUGGUCAUAAUAAACUAUGGUAGAGACUUUAUUUCAUAUGAUUAUAGUUUUUAAUUGGUUGAUGAAUUCUCCAUUUAACAUAUCAUUUUGAAAGGAUUUCAGCUUUAUGUUUCCAUUUGUUAUACAUAUUGUUAGUGUCAAAGUGCUCAUAUUUCAUUUUAUUGUAGUCACAUGAAUGAACAUUGUGCUAUGUUCUAUAUACAUAUUGUAACCUUCCAUGUAUCCUUGACAAAUUAAUUUUUCAUUAGUAACUAUAAAGACGAGAAAAUAAAACUGUAUUGUUGUAAAUAUAACAAUAUAUAUAUAUGUAUUGAUGGUUUGGUGUUAAUAGUUCUACGUGUUAGCCUUUUCUGUAGUCUAGCUUCGAUAGAGAACUUAGCUGCAGGCCAAACUGUCAAUAAACCCCAAAGACCGACUUUUCCUUCUGCAGCUAAGUUCUCAACACUUAUAAGAAAAUGUUAUGUAGUAUUUUCUUUUAUUUGAAUAGACAUAAUUUAACAAUCAUGUAAAGUGCAGCACACGUUAUGGCUUGUGUAGAGAUUUGCAUCUGUCUGAAUAUCUGCUUACUUAAUUUUCUUAUGUUUAUCCUUAAUAUCAACCAUUCUUUAUUUGUGGGUAAUCAAAGCAGGUGCACUUCUUUAUAACUGUAGAGUAUUAUGUAUUGUAGAAAAGGUUCUGUUGUAAGAGGGAACAGCAAAAUUAUGUUGAAAAUAAAUAAUUUGUACAUUCCAUUACAAUUUCUGUUUUAUCAAUCUUGUUUUUUUGUCCGCUUGUUUAUGUUUUUGUCUUGCUUUAAAUUAUUUAUGUACAGAAUUACUUUUUAAAUGAUAAUUUUUUAUUGUUUUACGAUAAUUAUGCCAACAUGGCCUAUAGCCUAUGUGAAGCUAAAAGUAAUAUUGUAGAUUUUUCAAAAAUUCAAGCAUGUAGUUUAAAUAUAUAUGGCUAAUAUGAUUUUUGUCUUUAUGAGAAUACAACAUAUUUUGUUAAUGUU